CCUCCUUCUUGUCUGCCGUGUCGGCCUUCGAAGGCGAGAAGAACAUCGCUACCCGGCCUCGACGCGCCCUUACUGAUGCUCCUGCACAGUGGAGGGCCAGAAUGGAGGCUGCCGAAGGAGAUCAGACGGUGAUACUAUCAGCAGACGUCGCUGCCACAACGAGUCUCGUCCAGAGCCCCACCCUUCGCGAAGCGUCCGAGCCGGGCAAGAGAGAGCAGUCACAGACGCCUGUGGGUGGUGCCUCGCACAAUUCACUGGCUCCCGUGGCAGAAGGAGACUGGGAGAGCACCCGAGCAAUGUCUGUCGUCUACCGUGACUCCCUGCACCAGGAUCUCGUCGAUGGACAGUGUGGUGCACCCGGCUGUCCGUUAUCUUCAACCAGAGCAGAUGUAUCCUAGCUCGGACCUCAAAGCGAUGCCCAGGAAUAUGACUGUCCUGAACUACGGCGCCAGUCACGAUACACAGACGAGCAAAGGCUCCUUUGCUCACAGCGUAGGCAAUGGACGCAUUGACACCGCCAGUGGCACAGUGGACUCGUCGCACGACCAACCACCUCGAUCCUACUCUACCCCUCUCUCCCAACCUCCUCCCCUCAGAGAAAGUCAAGGGCGAGCGAUUACGCCUGACAUACCCUCGCCGGCCCGACAACAAAUCUACGAAGCGAAACGAGCCGCUAUCGUCCCCCUCGAGGACACGCUCCGUGCUCUGCAAGAAGAGGAGGCUGCUCUUCUGCACCAACUCGAAGUCCGCCGACUGAAUCACUAUCAGGAUAGUCUCAGUAAGCAGAUUGAGGAGCGACGUCUUCGUGUGGGAAUUCUUGAGCAUGAACUCAACCGUACUGUCAGCGGCAGCUCUAAUCUCGAUGCCAACACUGGAGACCAGGACUCUGUUGCAUCCAACGGCACGCCCGUGAGUCCUGCCCGCUCUCUUACCAGCUUUCUCUCCUCGGGCAAAGAGAACCUAGAGACUGUCUCGGACGAGUACGACAAUGAGCCAAGCAAGGAUAGCCUCGUCCUUGCGCGGCACCAGCUCGCCUCUCUGGCCCUAGGCAGCACCCAAAGUGAAGGUCAUCACAACUCCAUCGCGGACUCAUCAGCAGGCAGCGUCAAAUCCCCCUCUCUACCGUCGAGACCUCGUGAGGGAAGCCUCCGAAAAGCUUUCACUGCAGAAGAGUCUCGAUUGACCUCGCUGGGCUCUCCACCCACCACGCCCUUCUCACCUCGCAGUGCACAGGGUGGGUUCCCGCACUCGCUCCCACCCAACACCGUCACCGCGGGCUCGAGCGCAGCCUUCCAUGGUGUCGCCUCUGCUGUCUCGACUGGAGACGCUGGUAUACCCGCCCCGAAGCCGAGCAACUUUUCCGUGUCUUCGUCUUCCUCUAGAGCUCUGCGCACUAGUGCGUUGUGAGGCCGAUGGGUCUCGAGGUUCGACUGUACCGUAAUCGUACCCUGCUUGUGUAAGCCUCUGAUCGUGAAAUAGAAUCGUGCAAAUCG